AUGAAGGUCAAGUAUGCUGCACAAAUUUUUAGUAAAACAGUUACCAGUGGUAUGAGUGUGUGUAUAACAGAUAAAUCACUUCCACCUGAAUCUAAGGAUACAAUUUUGUUCAUAGAUUCAAUGGAUAAUUUGUUUGAUAUCUUCAAUUCAAGGCCUACUUCAAAUUCUAAUGAAUCAGACAUUGAAUUGGAAGAUGAGCCAACUGGUCUAAAACGUUUUUGUUUUCCCUAUGAUGGUUCUUCCUAUCAGAAUAAUUUCUUACUUUCUAUGUUCAAUUUCUUCAAAAACUUGAAAAUUCAGAAGUAUAAUGUUGUAAGACACCAGUGGGUGGAUGUUGUGAAGAGUUACAACAUAACAUUUUUAAAAGGUUGGAUGGUUUCAAUUGCUGGUCUUAUACGCUUGUAUACAAAUUUACCUUUAAAUUAUGAUGAUUUGAAGUUAUUUACUAGAAGGUUAAAUCAAGAUUGCCUAGAAAAUUUGUUUGGCACUAUUCGUAUUCAAAAUGGUAAUUGCAUAAAUCCAACAACUAUACAGUUCCAACGUUCUUUCAAAAAAUUAUUUUGUUUAAGUUAUUUUGAAUACAAUGAUGGAGCAAAUUGUAUAGAAGAUUUAGAUAGCGUUUUAACCAAUAUGAAUAAUACACCAGCAGAACAGUUGAAAAUAAUUUUUCCUGAGAAAAAAUACGUUGUUCAAAUAAAUAAGUUAAGCGUUGAUGGUAGACAUUAUAGGUCUUUGGCGUUGCCAGAAAAAAAUGCAUUCAUAUACAUAUGUGGUUAUUUAAUAAGUAAAUGCUUAAAAAUUCAUUCUUGUGAUUCAUGUUUGGAAUAUGCUCGAUCUACAACAGAACUUUCCAGUGAACACUUUUUCACCUACUUUAAGUCACAUCAACAGGAUUCAACUUCAAUAUUUUCUUCAUUAAUGACUCCAGAUUCAAAUUUUUGCCAGUAUGUGUAUGAAUUGGACCAAAGAUUCACUAAUAACUUUCAACAAUUGUUGCCAUUACCAAAAGUUGGAGAAAAAAUUAAAAAUUUGAUGAGUUUUGUAUAUUUUGAGCAUAAUUGUCCUCGGUUUCCCAAAGAUUAUUUAUUGUAUUUAUUUAUUAGAUUCAGAAUUUAUACCACUAUAAGCAGAACCAACAGAUCUCUUAAAGGCCCUAAGCCUAAAAACAGAAAACUCCAAAUUUUGUGUAAUUUAUAA